AUGUCUCAAAUUGUUUCGAGUCAGCCUAUGGGACCAGGAGAUUCGCUCGAUGAUAUUAUACGCAAUAAUCAGACUGAGAUGAAUCGUCGCAAAAGUAUAUCGCAGGCAUAUAGAAGCCCCUCAUUGGAAACUCGGAGUCCUAGACGGAUACCGUCCAUUGGCGCGUCUGGGGAUGUAAUGGCCUUUGACUCAAACAACCCGGAUCUAAGCACUUUUCAGUUUACCCAGCCAGUCGGGCAGUCUUUUUCGAACCUUCACUCAAAUUUUGAUAUUACAGAUCAGAUAGGGAAUUUUAUCUCCGAUGCUGCAGACUUUUCUGGAAUUUCUCCUGGGUUGAUGGGGUCGAUGCACCCAUCUACCUUUAGUAACAUUGAUAUGAGCCAGCUCUCGACAGAGGCUCCUCUAUCAUUGUUCCCUUCUCCUCCAGUUUCCCGUCCAGGAGGUAAUAUCGAUAGUCCAAUGACCGGGGGAGGCUUCAAUACAGGACACAUGACUGGUAUUGAUGCGACGUAUUCGGCGGAAUCGGCUACGAACAAUACUUCUAUUAACGCUUCCGCGAAUACCGUUGGUAAAUCCGUGGACGAUCGGUCAGAGAGCAUGUUGCAUUUGUCGACGUCGCAGACUAAUGCGGUCAACCUUGCCACUGCUCGCACAUCGGACGGAAUGGCCGUGACUAAUGGGUCCAACGCAUUUGGGCAAACCUUACCGCCUGCUAUGUCAAGGCAUGUAUCUUCAUCUGAAUCUGCAAUAUCUCCACAGCAUGGCGCAUCAUCAAUAAGCGCCACUCAGCCGAGCUCAACUUCUGGACCGACGACACCUAUCAAUACAGCAGCGCCGAGAGAGACAAAAGAAAAGAUGAUUUAUUCUAAGAGCGGAUUUGACAUGCUAAAGGCUCUAUGGUUGGUGGCGACCAGGAAAAACCCAAGAAUCCAUUUAGGGGCUGUCGACAUGUCGUGUGCUUUUGUUGUGUGCGAUAUCAUGAUGAACGAUUGCCCAAUUGUCUACGUCUCUGACAAUUUUCAAAACCUCACCGGUUAUAGCCGUCAUGAUAUCGUGGGCAAGAACUGCCGAUUUCUGCAAGCACCAGAUGGCAAGGUUGAAGCCGGGUCCAAACGAGAGUUUGUCGACGACGGGGCCGUAUACACUCUAAAACAAAUGAUCCAAGAGGGUCGAGAAGUGCAGCAGAGUUUAAUUAACUACCGAAAGGGCGGAAAACCGUUCUUGAAUUUGCUUACCAUGAUACCAAUCCCUUGGGACACGGACGAAAUUCGGUAUUUUAUCGGCUUCCAGAUUGACCUGGUUGAAUGCCCAGACGCAAUUUCUGGGCAAGAGGUAGGCGGGGUGAAAGUGAACUACAAACACAGCGACAUUGGCCAGUAUAUCUGGAACCCACCAGCUUCAAGCCAGUGGGAACCGGAAAACGGCCAAACCCUGGGCGUUGAUGACGUAUCCACUCUUUUGCAACAUUGCAGCCCGAAAGGGUUGGUAUCUGACUGGCAUAAGCAGUCUUGGGACAAGAUGCUUUUGGAAAACACCGACGAUGUCGUUCAUGUUCUAUCUUUGAAGGGGCUUUUCCUGUAUCUCUCUCCUUCUUCGAAGCGAGUUCUGGAAUACGAUACUGUCGAUCUUGUCGGCAACUCCUUGUCGUCUGUUUGCCAUCCCUCUGACAUCGUCCCUGUUACGCGGGAGCUGAAAGAUGCUACAGCUGGAAAUCAAGUCAACAUUGUGUUCAGGAUCCGGCGCAAGCAAAGUGGUUAUACUUGGUUUGAAAGCCACGGCUCUCUGUUUGUUGAACAAGGCAAAGGCCGGAAAUGUAUUAUUUUGGUCGGCCGCAAACGACCUGUGUUCGCACUAAGCCGCAAAAUUCUGGAGACGAAUGGAGGGAUCGGUGAUACUGAAAUAUGGACGAAGUUGUCAACAUCCGGAAUGUUUUUGUUUGUUUCAUCCAAUGUCAGAUCAUUGCUUGAUCUUCAGCCUGAAUUGUUGGUUGGUACAAGCAUCCAGGAUCUGAUGCGCAAGGAAUCACGACCCGAAUUUGGCCGCUCAAUCGAGCAAGCGAGGAGAGGGAAGAUUGUUGCAUGUAAACACGAAGUCCAGAAUCGGCGUGGUCAAGGUCUACAGGCCCAGACCACAUUGUAUCCGGGAGACGCUUCGGACGGCCAGAAGCCAUCUUUCCUACUCGCACAGACAAAAUUGCUGAAAGCUUCAUCAAGAACUAAUGUCCCAGCAUCAACACAAGCUAUCAAUAAGACAAACUCUUCAACGCGUUUAAACGCUCCUGCUCCCACAAAGACGGGAAGUGGUAAUGUUUCACAGCCAGUCGGUGGAGUCUUACCUCGCAACACCCAAGAUAUCAUAGCAGCUGAGGACAACAUUUUCGAUGAACUCCGGACAACGAAAUGCUCCAGCUGGCAAUUUGAGCUGAGGCAGAUGGAAAAGGUGAACAGAAUUCUAGCUGAAGAGCUUGGGGGGCUUUUAUCGAACAAGAAGAAGAGGAAGCGGAGAAAAGGUGUCGGAAACAUGGUCAGAGAUUGUGCCAAUUGCCAUACUCGCAACACGCCAGAGUGGAGGCGGGGGCCUAGUGGUCAAAGAGACCUUUGCAACAGCUGUGGACUUCGCUGGGCAAAACAGACCGGACGUGUAUCACCGCGCAACUCUUCUCGAGGUGGUAAUGGCAAUGGGGAUAAUCAGAGCAAGAAAUCAGAGUCUCCCAUCCAUUCGUCACCGUUGCAUAAGGAGUACUCAGAAACAUCGAAUCCACGUGCCACGGUUGAAUCCGAAACGCACGGAGGCGACAGAGUCAGCGUCUCUCAGGCUGCGAAUCAACUCACUACUAUUGCGCAGCAAAACUCUUCGCUGCAGAACUCAACGACAGCAAUGCCGCCCCCAAGCCAGCCUUCACUUUGCGGAGGGGCAGCAGGCUCCACCAUGACUUCAAUACGAGAAGAGCGGGAAACUAGUCAACCAUGA